AUGGUAAUACAAAAGCGAUAUGCGAACAGAAUGGGUGGUACUGAAUUGCUUUUUAACUAUAAUAAACAGUUCUCUAUAUUGAUAAUGGCAAUAACAAGCGCUUAUGGUAAACAUUGAACAUGAAAACUACAGUAUACUGACGCAAAAAAUAGAAACAAAAACCUUGGCUUUGGCCUUAGUUUAAGCCUAAGCCUGAGCCGAAACCUGAGCCUGAGUCUGAGCCUGAGCCGAAGCCAGUGUCAAAGCCUAAGUCUGAGCCUGAGCCUGAGUCGAAGCCAGAGCCCGAGCCAGAGCUUCAGCCUGAGCCUGAGCCUGAGCUUGAGCCUGAGGCGAAGCCAGAGUCAAAGCCUGAGCCUGAGCCUGAGCUUGAGCCUGAGCCGAAGCCAGAGUCAAAGCCUAAGUCUGAGCCUGAACCUGAACCUGAGCCUGAGCCUAAGCCAUAG